AUGGCCACUGGCUGUGGAACCAAUGCCAAAAAAGACCAAGUACAUGGAAUCUUCAAGGAAGGAGAUCUUUAUGCCAAGCACCGUGGUUUUAUUCCCUUGUUGGCGCCUCCCGGAGGUCGGGAAACCGGGGAUGAACGCGCCGAGCUAACGAGCUUCAGGCCAGAAUCUGCCAAGAACUGUUUGCGCCGCACAGAGAACGUGAAGAACGUGUGUACUUACGGCAACGGCAUCACGACAACUUGGCCACGGGCCCCCCCACUUCAUCCUCCAGUCACUAAGCCCCGGAUCCGUCCUCCUCCGUGCAACCUGUCGCAGGUGGUCGCCCCUGCCGCGCUCGGCUCCUCCUCGCGUGCAGGCCACCAGCGUCGCCCCCUGGACGACCAGCAGGUACCACCUCCAUCACCCAGCGGGCUCUCCACCGCCGCCGGCCAGUCCUCGCACCCCUCCCCGAGCGAGUUCCAAAUUCACCUGAAAUGCUUUCUUUCGUCGCUCUACACGACCCCGAGAUUCCCCGGCGCGGCCACACUCCCCCGUCUUGUCUCCUCCUUUCCUCGGAAGUGGCGGUCUCCCCUUCCCUCGUCUAUUUAUUUACCCAAAGUGAGGAUUAGGGGCGCCAUUGCAUCCCUCCCUCUACAGGGCACCCAAAGCCUUACACGCGGUCGCCUCCCAUCCUGCCCGAGUGUUAGUUACACCCCAGCCUUCGAGCAGGGGGUGCAUCCUGCUCGCCAUUGUUCCCAGUUCCCAGGAUGGUCCUGGCAAUACUGGUCGUAGACCAGUGACCCUUUUAGCACAUACCCUGGUGGGCACAGGAAAGCCAAAGUAACUAGUGGCCCCUAGGUAUCUACGAAUAGAUUCAUUUUAUAUUGCUGUAUUUUUCAGUGUUGAAUUCCUCCUCUCUUAGCUAUUCUAUAAGAAUAACGUGUUUACACACACACACACAUAAUUAAUUAAUUUUACUUAAACCAAUGAUGUGUUUGUCACAAUUACUAUAAAUGUCUAAUAGCAAAAAUAGCGUGUGUGGAUUGUGAAGUGAAAUUCUGGAACAGUGCCUGGCUGUUCACUGCAAGUGGGCAGAAAUGUCCCUUUUAAACUGAAGACUCUGAAACUUCAAAACUGAGCUGAAACCAAUGCCCUCAUUAUGAUCGAGGCAGGGAGUGGGAGGAAAGACUAUUAAGCUCAGAGUUCUGGUUCCUUGUUUAUUAGUAACUUUUAGGAUAGCAAUUAUUGAUGUUAAGAGCAGUCUGAUACUGACUUUUUUUUUUUUUUAAAAAAAGAAUAAUCCUGAUACUCUUGAUGUUUUUCCUUUGUUUACAGCAGAUGUCAGUGUCACAACUUGAAUUCCUCUUUUUCUUUGGGUUCACUCACAGCUAGCACUACUAACGUAUGUGCAUUUAGAUCUGUACUAUUUCUAAACACUGCCCUGCCACACACUUUGCAAUAAAGUUAAACAAGAAUUCUUUGUUAAGAGAUGUAAUAUUUAGAGGGUAGGAUAAGGGAAUAAAUCUUAACUACUACAAAUUGUUUCCCUUCAGCCCUACUCUGAAGGAGAUCCUUGUUGGUUUUCUCAUUACUGUACAACUGUUCUGUUGACUUUGUUAUGUUUUAGUGGAAGAAAGUAGAAUUUAGUAAGAAAUAAAAAAAUUUUAAGAGAAGAGAGGGAAAGUUUGUUUCUUUAGUAUAAUAAGCAAAACAUACAUGGGAUUAUAUGUGAGUAAAAACAAGUAAUGUAUUUAAAGUAUUUAAGUAAGAAAAUAUGCAUUAUAAUUAUUUACUGUUUCUAUAGAAAAGUAUUUUCAUAAUAUGUAUCAUAUCUGUCUAUAGGACACACCAAAUGAUUAUUAUAAACAUAUUAUAAGGGAAAAGUAAAUGCUGGAGAAUAAUUUUGAGUUUAGAAAACAUUUUAGACACUAAUUUGGCAAAAGUCCUAUAAAUACAUUUACAUUUUAGCAAACUGUUUUUCAGGUUUUAAACCUUUUUAAAAAUCUUGCCCUGGCUAGGUAGCUCAGUUGGUUAGAGCAUCAUAUACACCACGGUUGUGGGUUUGACCCCCAUUUAGGGCCCAUACA